AUGAGAAAAUUGGCAAUCUUCACAGUGUUCUGUAUUCUCGCGGGACUGCAAGCCGCUCCCGCCUCUGAAGAAGAUGAGGAGGCUGUUAUUCCGAAGAAGGUGUUCAUGGAUUCCUUCAUCAAGUACACUGGGGAGUAUGACAUCGUUGAUAUCAUGGUACCAUUGAACGCUAUCAAUUUCGCCGCUUCUGACAGUAGCGAGUCCGAGUCUGAAGAAUUUAAUCUUAAAGAUCUAACAGUUUUCUUCGUCGAAGCUGAAGAUAAAGAUGGUGAACGCGCAGACAAAGGUCUGUACAGAUACGAGAAAGGCGACUCCAAAAUGAUUCUAGCCACGGGCAGAUCGUCUACAGCUUCUAGUAAUAACAAUAAAUUGGUGUUCUUCGCUGCCAGCGAUGGUCUAUACGUUUAUAACACUGAGAAAGAUUCCGCUGAUAAAUACGGCCCAAUCACUGACGCUAUCAGAAGCAUUGCGACAGACGAAACGGGAAGCACAAUAUACAUAGUGACAGACGAUCAUAAACUAUACAAAGUCACGAAUAACGGAGAAAACAAAGAACUAGUAGAUGACGUUGAAGAUGUAGUGGAAAUUGUGUUAGAUGAUGACGGAAAUCUUUACUAUUACAACACUAAAAAGGAAGUGUACAUUAAAACGGCUGAUAAAAUCAUUAAAGUAGAAAAUCUGCCUGAAGAUCCCAAAAAGAUAAAGACUAUUCGUCCUCCAUUUGUAGUCCAUAAGACUAUUGGAAUGUCGUAUGAUGAUACAGUGUAUAUAGUCCACUCGAAUGGCAGUUCAGAGAAGUUAGAUUUCAGAUUCGCUCCAGAAGCCACUCCCACGGCGUUCGGUCCUGAUGCAGUCUUCGUUCAAUAUUAUGCUCUCGACAAAAAAUUAUACGAAUUCAAUGUAAAGGAAAUGAUGGAGAACGAUGUAUUCCAUGAUAUCAGGGAGAAAACUGAAAAUAUCCGUAACCAAGCGGACAAGAAUAAACACACUUUGGGAGCUAAGAAAGAUUAA